GCCCGGGAGCUGCGGAUGUACGAUUUCAACAGCUUUAAGGAUGCGGAUCUGAAGCGUCGUAUCAAGAAGCUGACUGAUCUCGGAUACGCAGCGCUGGACGAGGCGAAGUUCACGCAGCUCGUCGAUGCCAUCUCGAGGAUGCAGGAAAACUAUGCCACCGCCAAGGUGUGCCAGUACCGGAACGAGUCGAACUGCAACUUUGGUCUCGAGCCGGAGCUAACGGAGACGCUCGCGAAGAGUCGUGAUCCGGAGGAGCUGAAGCACUACUGGGUGCAGUGGCACGCGGUCGCUGGUAAACCGGUGCGAAAGGACUUCGAUGAGUACGUCACGCUGAACCGCGAGGCCGCCAAUCUGAACAAUUUUACCUCGGGAGCUGAAUACUGGCUAGAUGCGUACGAGGACGACACGUUCGAGGCACAGGUCAACGCAGCGAUCGAACAAAUUCGUCCACUGUACGAACAAAUCCACGCUUACGUGCGAUACCGCCUGCGAAAGCACUACGGCAACGAUAUUGUCUCCGAAAAGGGUCCAAUUCCCAUUCACCUGCUCGGGAACAUGUGGGGACAGACGUGGGACAAUAUUGCUGAUAUUACGACACCGUUCCCCGAUAAGAAGUUGCUCGAUGUGACAGAAGAGAUGGUCCGCCAGGGUUACACCGCUGUCAAGAUGUUCCAGAUGGGUGAUGAGUUCUUCCAGUCACUGAACAUGACCAAACUGCCGUCCACAUUCUGGGAGAAGAGCAUCCUCGAGAAACCCAACGACGGACGGGAGCUUGUGUGUCACGCCAGUGCGUGGGACUUCUACAAAAAGGAUGACGUUCGCAUCAAGCAGUGCACGCGUAUCAACAUGGAGGACUUUUUCACAGUACACCACGAGCUGGGCCACAUCCAGUAUUAUCUGCAGUACCAACAUCAGCCUAGUGUGUACCGUGAGGGAGCGAAUCCUGGCUUCCAUGAGGCCGUCGGUGACGUCCUAUCGCUCUCCGUAUCGACACCAAAGCAUCUCGAGAAGAUCGGUCUCCUGAAGGACUUCGUGUUGGACGAGGAAUCGAAGCUCAAUCAGUUCUACCAAGCCGGUCUGUCGAAGCUGGUGUUCCUGCCGUUCGCGUACACGCUCGACAAGUACCGCUGGGAGAUCUUCCGCGGUGAUAUCAAGCCCGAGAACUACAACUGCAAGUUCUGGGAGAUGCGCUCGAAGUACUCCGGGGUCGUGCCUCCGGUGAUGCGCAGUGAGAGUGACUUCGAUGCUGCCGCCAAGUACCACGUGUCGGCAGAUGUCGAGUAUCUGCGAUACUUCGUGUCGUACUUGGUACAGUUCCAGUUCCAUCAGGCAGCUUGUGAGAAAGCCGGCCAGUACGUUAAAGGUGACCCGGAGAAAACGAUCAACAACUGCGAUAUCUACCAGAGCGCUGAGGCGGGUAAUGCGCUAAAGGCGAUGUUGGCCAUGGGCUCUUCGAAACCGUGGCCUGAUGCGAUGGAGGUACUUACUGGACAGCGCAAGAUGAGUGCCGAAGCCUUGCUCGAGUACUUCCAACCGCUGUACGAUUGGCUGGUGAAGGAAAAUAAGGCCCUCGGAGCGUACGUCGGAUGGGAGCAAAAUUCCAUGUGCAAAUCGGCCUAGGACAUUACACGUGUAUUAUUUGGCAGCAAUAUCGUUCUAUGAUCUCCAGACCGCACAGGUACCGACAAAAAUCGACCGUAUGACAUUGCCUGUUGGUCCAGGGGAGCAGCAUUUUAUCGCUGAAACCUACCUAAUAAAGUAAGCAACACAACCAUUCAUUCUGUU